UUCAGUAAGAAAGAAGGAAAUUAAAACUAUGCUCUCCGUUCACGCACUACUAUAGCUCCCGCUCGCAAUCUAACCACCCUCACUCGGAGCAAUCUCUCUCAGCAUUCAUUCUUUCGUUCUGUUCACUCUCUCUCUAUCUGAGAACGCUAUCUCUCGCCAAAGGAUUCAUCUUGAUCCAGCUCUAGGUUUCGCCCCAAGUCGAUUCCCCAAUCGGACGAAGGCGCAUCUGACAAUUCCAAGUCUCAGCGUAACCGUGCAGUGACGAGAAAACAAAGGGAGUUUCAGAUUACGCGGUGUCAGGGUCGGGCAUUGUGAUAACCAUUAAGAGUUUUCAGACUUAGCGUCAUCAAGAACCAAGAACGAUGAGCAUUUUGCAAGGGAAACGGAAGCGCCAAGACUUGGCUUCUGCACUCUCUGCCUCGAUGACCAACGAGGAGCGGGUGAUUUACAAUAUCAUUCGCGGGAAGAAGGAGAUGGGGAUUUGGCAAGGGGACAUCAAAAGAGAAACCAACAUCCCUGACAGCAUGUUGAAGAAGUCCAUCAAGUUGCUAAUCUCCAAGACUCUUAUCAAGGAAGUUGUGAACAUCCAAAACAAGUCCAAGAAGGUGUUGAUGGCCAUGGAGUUCGAGCCUUCUAAGGAGAUCACUGGUGGAGAGUGGUAUACCGAAGGCAGGCUUGACACAGGGCUCAUUGAUGCUCUGUCUGAUGUCUGCUUGAAGCUUAUUACCCGGAAAAAGGUCGCUACUCGCGAUGCAAUCCUUGAGUGGACUAGAACCUUAGGAAGUGAGGUUUUUCCUGGUGGAGUCAGUUCAGGACAGGUGGAACAAAUUUUGAAAGUUUUGGUUAUGGAAAAUAAGAUACAAGAGGUGAACAGCACUGGCUUUGGGGAUUUUUCGUCCGUGCCUGCUGGUGAAGUUUGUUUUAGGUUGGCGAAAAAGGUAGGCACCAAUGUUAAAGUUGGUGCCAUGGCUUCUAUUCCUUGUGGGGUUUGUCCUAGGAUUACAUUUUGUACACCCAAUGGUAUUAUAUCCCCAACAACUUGUCAAUAUUAUCAGAAAUGGUUGGACUUUUAAUCGUGUGUUAUCCCUAGUUCUUUCUUAGUUUUUGGUUUUGUAGUUUUGACUUUUGGGUUUCGUCUACUGUAUAAUCAAUCUUUUUUAUUUUUUUUUGCUCAAUGUGAUGCUUCAAAAGUAAUUGAUUAUCCUCUGCAUUAAAGUGAAGGUCUUUUGUUGUGUUUUGUUCAA